AUGGACUUCUACCCUCUCCCACUGCAAACCCCGGCGGAAUACGGCUCACCUUGGUCUACAUCGUCCACAUAUGCCGAUCCUGUUCCGAUGAGUGCUGGACCAACUCUCCCAACUCAACCCCAACCCUACGCCAUCAGCCAGUCCAUGGUCCCCUCCGACACUCAAGAGCGCAUCUACUCAUCAACCUACUUCGUGAGCCGACGGGCCCAUGACAGCCCGGGCACAUACUCACGAUGGAGGACGCCAGAAGUUCACGCGGCUCCCCGGUACAACCCAUACCACAUGUCAGACGGAUCGUACAAUCAGCCUGUGGACUUCAGCAGAUACCCUCAGCCUUACGAUCAAGAUCGGAGUCCGCUGGGAUACGACAGGCGACAUCGAUCCCUGGAUACCUCUCCAUACCUUACGAAGUACAGUCAACUGUUGUCCUACCCGAUCAUGGGCUAUCGGACCCACGGCAAUGGUCGACGAUGCCGAGGCAACUUUCCGACGCCCAUCACCGACAUUCUUGGCCUAUGGCUGCAAGAGCACUUGGAUCAUCCCUAUCACAGUGAUGAGCAGAAGCAAGAUUUCAUUCAGCGGACAGGUCUGACGGUCAUUCAGUCUCGUGAGAUUAACAACUGGUUUAUCAACGCUCGCCGUCGGCAGCUGCCAGCCCUCAGAGAGGUACAAGACUAUUCGAAGCCGGGCCUGAAGAAAUUCUUCCCACUUAAAAAGUCCUGCCCAGCUUUUUUUUAGGAAUGGACUCAGGACCUCGAGGCGGCAAUAGGAGGUUUAAGUGGUACAGGGUUUGUGCUCGUCGAGUGCGUUCACCUCAGGAUCAACGACAUCAAGCUCUUGUGCGAGUAAGUCAUACUCAUCUGAGGGCCGAAACUGGUCAACUAGUCCAGGCAUGGUGGUGGUGG